ACGGCAAAGGGUGAAAUCGUUCACGGGCUCGCGCCGAGCUCCUAGAUAAAAUGCCCCGACGACGGCCGUCAGGAUGAAAACACCGCCUUGUGCCUCCAUCGUCCCGAGGAUCGAUCGAAGAGCCAGACGUGCAGCGAUGAGCCGCCGCACCAGGCGCGGCGACCGGCGGCAGCAGCAGCCGCCGGCUCGUUCCACGACCGUGUCCAACAACCCGAUCUUCUUCGUGCACGACAGCCUCGACGACGUGCCGGGCGCCGCCGUCGCCAAGCCGCUGCCGCUGCCCCCGAGCAGGGCGCACCUGCAGCCAGAGGACUCUCGGCGGGCAGCCGGUUCCACGUUCAUGGCGAGCCGGCACGGGAGCGGCUGGGUCCUGAGGAGGGUGCACCACCACGACCCGUUCCUCGCCGCCUACGUGGCCUGCACCAAGAGCGGCGGCAAGGUCGACGCCGCUCCGGCGAAGGGGCAACAGAAGAAGAACAGGGGCAGAGGCGAUGCCGCUGUUCAGGGGUGCGGCAUUUGGAGCGGUUGGACGGCGGCGGGAGCCAAGUACGCCGGGGUGAUGUCGUGUAAGUACGGCUGCGACGUUGCCACCGCGCAGGGCGACGAUCCUGCGGCGUCCCCGGCGCCCAGGCUGCACCUGUCGCGGCAGCUGGUGGUGAUCCCGGCCAGGAAGAGGGCCCUGCCGCCACGGGGCGGGGCGCAGGGCUGAGGGAGGGUGCUGUACUUGUGUUUGUUUCUGGUGCUGUGUGGUGCACCACCACGUACAUAACCAAUGUAACAAUACCACUGCAGUGUGUAAAAUUGUGCAGAAACAGAUAUAUAAACUUGUACUAUGUGUAUAUCGUGCUGUGAUCCAUCGUAUAGAUGAAACAUGAAAUUAACCGAGCUU